CCAACAUUAUCCAACAGCAUCCAGCUGACUAAUUCUAAUAAUGUGCUGAUUGAUGGUGCUGUUUCUCUCCACUACGAGAUGUACAGUGCCCUGCAGUGUAUGGACAUGAACUGCAGCGGGCAAACUGCAUUCUACUGCUAGUGUCCAGUUGAUAGUGAAUGGUGGAUUAGGUUUGUCAUACGUAGAGACGCUUUUUACUGCAAAGAAUCGAGAUGAUCGUUAAGUUUAGAACAAUAGUGCUGUUAAUUGGAUUAGCCGUUGUUGUAGCGACUGAGCAUCCAAAACCGUUCGUAUGUGUGGAUCAAAUGGAAAUUAAUAGUACUGAAGGAGCUUUAAAAAAUGCGCUUUUUUGUGGUACCAGUUACAAUCCACGCUACCGACCAGUAAAGUAUCAGCAAGAUCGUCUCGCCAUGUACAUCGGUGCCGAAGUGAUCAAUGUUGAAAAAGUUCGCAACGAUGACUCGAAGCUGGAGAUAACCCUAGAGCUGUUGAUGCAAUGGUACGACGCGUUCCUGCACUGGAACAAACGAAGCAGUGGCAAUAUAGAAACUAUUAACGUCUCCGAACAGGAUCUUUGGACUCCAACGUUUGCGGCUAAAUCGUUUCAUAAGUCGCCUCGUAUCCAAAGCACUAAACAGUGCUCUCGUGUCAAGUCCCAUCUCAGCUACGAUGGCGAAGUUAUCUAUACCGUACUGUGCACCUUCACCAUUGACUGUUACACUGAGCCAAGAUACUGGGCGUUCGAUACGAAGAUUUGCACGUUGCGUAUUUAUUCCGUGGAGUACGAUACCAAUCAAUUAUCGCUGUUCCACUUCCAACGCCGUCUGUCUUACCCGAGUUAUCCGCUUCUGCCGUACAAAAUUACCUCCUUCCAGAUGGCCACUGUCAAUAGCACGAUGAGCCCGGAGUUUCGCAUGGAUAUUGUCAUCGAGCGAUUGAUCGGUUCACAUCUCGUAGUGUUUCUCGUGCUGAUCGUCAUACUCUGCUUGUUGAAUUUGUUCAGUCUAUGGUUCAACAUAAACUCUAGCGCACGCACGAUCGCAGUCGUUCUGGGUACGGUUAUGCAAAGCCUCUUCCUUAUCAUUCUCUACUGGUACGGAACGGUAAAAAUGAAGCCAGUCAUCUCUCUGGCACAUCUAUUGCUCGGGUCGUUUACCUUCGGAGCCAUUGCAUGCGGUUGGACAUAUUUCGUUAGGGGUCAGAUUGGCACCAGGAAGCGAUUUAAUCAUUGUCCACAAACAGUAGCGCAGACGAUUGGGUUUUUGCGAAAAAAUCGACCACUUGCAUCGUUUCUCUCUAUCGGGUAUCUAAACGGAGGCAGCCAGGUGGAAAAAUUGUCAAACGAUUGGGAUGACACACAAGCGGACCAGAACACACAAACGUCGGACGCUUGUGAGCGACAGCAGGAUGAUGAUAUGACUUCUAGCGGGAAUGAGGAAUGUGAGAUUAAGUGGCAGGAAGUAGUGCAGCCACUUGAUCGUAUCCUUUUUUGUGCCAUGCUCACUGCCUACCUAUUGAUGUUCAUCGUUUACAUUUCCUAGCGGAGUGUUCGCAAAGAUAUUAUCAUAGCUGUAACAGAACGAUCAUAAUUAGCGUUCAAAAGCGAAAAUGGUACCAAUAAAUAUUACUACAAGUAAAAAUGUAGCAUCAAUAGAAAGAA